AUUUACAAUCCAAUUUCAGUUUUUUGGUGCUGAUUUUUUCUAUCCAAUGGUUACUGGUGACAGUCUUUUGUGUGGACAAUUAUAGCAGAGGUGACUUCCCUCCUGGCUUUGUUUUUGGUGCUGGAACUUCUGCCUAUCAAGUUGAAGGGGCAGCAUUUGAAGAUGGAAGGACACCUAGUAUUUGGGACACUUUUGCUCAUGCUGGUUUUUCCGGUGGAGCCAAUGGAGACAUAGCAUGUGAUGUUUACCACAAAUACAAGGACGAUGUCCAACUCAUGGUUGACACUGGCUUAGAAGCAUACAAGUUCUCUAUUUCGUGGUCUAGACUUAUUCCUGGUGGAAGAGGACCUGUAAAUCCAAAGGGUUUACAAUUUUACAACAAUUACAUUGAUGAACUUAUUAGCCACGGUAUUCAACCACACGUUACACUAUUUCACAGUGAUCUACCGCAGGCACUUGAAGAUGAAUAUGGAGGCUGGUUAAGCCGAAAGAUUGUGAAGGACUUCACGGCAUAUGCAGAGGUAUGCUUCAAGGAAUUUGGUGACAGGGUGAUGUAUUGGACCACCAUUAAUGAGGCCAAUACAUAUGCGAUUGGAGGUUAUGAUAAUGGCUUCGCCCCUCCUGGACGUUGUUCCCUGCCUUUUGCAGUUAAUUGUUCUAGAGGGAAUUCAUCUACUGAGCCAUAUAUGGUUGUUCAUAACACGUUACUUGCGCAUUCAUCUGCAAUGAAAUUGUACAGGAGAAAUUACAAGUCCACUCAACGUGGUUUCGUGGGAUUUAAUAUAUAUGGUAUGUGGUCCGUUCCUUAUUCAAAUGCAACCGCUGAUGUAAUUGCAGCACAACGAGUAAAUGAAUUUUAUACUGGUUGGAUUAUGAACCCUUUCGUAUUUGGAGACUAUCCCUGUAUAAUGAAGAAGGCUGCCGGGGCAAGAAUUCCAACCUUCACCACAUAUGAAGCUAAGCUAGUUAAGGGCUCAGUUGACUUCAUAGGCCUAAACCACUACAUUACUGUAUCUGUGAAGGACAGGCCUUCCAGCAUUGAAAAGCAUAGCAGGGACUUCGGUGCUGACAUGGCGGCAGAGAUUAUAUACUGUCGCUUAAAUAUUGUCUCAUGACUUAAGUAUCCAGUGAUACCUUCUGGUCUUUAUGAACUUCUGGAGUAUCUUAAAGAAGCUUAUGGAAACCUGCCGAUUUACAUUCAAGAAAAUGGUCAAAAGACUCUACGAAAUGGGACACUAAAUGACACGCCGAGGAUAGAAUAUAUGCAUGCCUACAUUGGGAGUGUUCUUGAUGCUGUUAGGAAUGGAUCGAAUACUAGAGGGUAUUUCGCGUGGUGCUUCUUAGAUGGUUUUGAGUUACUUGGUGGAUAUGUACUGAGCUAUGGCCUCUACUAUGUAGAUUUGGACGACAACGAAUUAAGAAGGUAUCCAAAGCUUUCUGCAUACUGGUAUGCCAACUUCUUAAAGGGAAAAGAAGUUCAAUUUUCGAAGUUGAGGACAAACUAA